AAUAUGUAGUUUAUAUUAAAAAUGAAGAAAACAGAGAUUAAGUAGGCUAUUUGGGAGGCAUAUUUUCUAUAGAUAAUUCAUUUAAAAUUUUACCUGAAAGUGGAACUUCACUUGUUUUCAAGGUUGUCAUACCAGGAUCAUGAGGGAUCAACACAAUACAUGCACAAUGACAGUCACGUGUUGGAUGCACUUGCUGCUGUUCUGUCUGUAUUGCCAUUAUGAGAUCCAGCCUGGUGCAUGUAAACCUGCGUGGAUGUCGCCACAGUUCCCUUGUGAUGUCAAGGCCUACAAUACUUCUGUGGUCAUGUUUGACUGUAAAGGACGUCAUCUGCAUAGAGUACCUCCUGGGAUAACUGGAAAUGCAACUGAGCUCGAUCUAUCAGAAAAUUACAUUAAGAACAUUUCAGUGGAUUCAUUUUCUAAUCUGCUGAAUCUGACUAAACUCAAUCUCAACUGGGCCAACAAGAACAAAGUUGUGAGCAUUGAUGCACAUGCUUUCAAAAAUCUGACACGACUGAAUCAUCUGAAACUGACUGGCAAUUGUCUGAGCGAAAUUCCCAGAAAUCUCCCUCUCACUGUGGAAAUCCUUGACCUGAACAAUAACAAGAUUUUGUUGGAUAACUUGAGGCUUGCCGGCUUAACAAACGUGACACACCUGUGGUUAUCCAAAAACUGCUACACGUGGAAUCCUUGUUGGAAAUCUGUGACUGUGACAGAAGGCAGUUUUGCAGUUAUGACCAAACUGCAGGGUCUGGAUUUGUCCUUUAACAACUUAACCAGUGUUCCUAAAGGAUUGCCUCAGUCAUUAAGACUGUUAAAGCUGGGUUCUAACAAAAUAGAGUACAUAGCUAAAGAUGAUUUCCUUGGGUUACAUGAUUUAAAAAUCCUAAAAAUACAAGGAAACUGUCCAAGAUGUCAAAAUGCCCCAUAUCCCUGUGUCCCUUGCCAAAACGUGUCUCUUGACAUCCAUCCUUAUGCAUUUCAUAAUCUUACACAGCUUGAGACACUGCACCUGGGAGGAAACUCACUGCAUUACCUGAAUCCUUCCUGGUUUGAGAGGCUAAGCAAGAUUAAACAAUUGUUCCUGUCAUUUAACUUCUUGAUGAAAGCAAUUACUGAGGAGGCAACCUUUCUAAGAUACCUUCCCAGGCUAGAAAAGUUUGAUCUCUCUUUCAACUUUGCUCUGAAGUCCUACCCUUCGUCAUUAAAUCUUUCACAAGAGUUUUCAAAUCUUGUGUCGCUGAAAACUUUGCAUUUGGAGGGUUUGGUCUUUCAGAAUAUUGGUCCAGGCACACUCAGAUCUCUGUACGAGCUCAAAAAUCUGUCUGCACUGAACUUAGGGACUAACUUCAUUAUUCACUCCGAUUCCACCAUAUUCAGAAGGUUCCCCCGCCUGAAGAUGAUAUACCUAGCAGAAAACCGGCUGUAUCCCGUUCCAGAGGAAAAUCCUCCUCAUCCAAGGGAUGGAUACAAUCAGAGGCCGGACCUUUCUAUUUCACCUUUCAUAAAAUUCCAUCCAAAAGACUUUGCUUACGAGAUAUCACACAGCCUUGUCAAGAAAGAAUGCUUUGACUCUGGUCGAGUGUUAGUCCUCAGCUCAAAUAAUCUGUUCUUCAUUUCACCAAAGCAAUUCAAUGGCUACGGAAAUAUUGCAUGUCUCAACCUCUCGGGAAAUGGAUUUUCAGCAGCACUCAAUGGCACAGAGUUCUCCUCACUGCCCAAUCUGACAUACCUGGACCUGUCAUUCAAUAAGAUUGAUCUGGCCUAUGACAAUGCCUUCAAAGAACUACAGAAACUACAAGUACUAGACCUCAGUCACAAUGCACACUACUUUAAAGCAUACGGGAUAACCCAUAAUUUAAAUUUUAUAAAAAAUCUGCCUGCUCUGAGAGUGCUGAACAUGAGUCAUAAUGCCAUUUCUACAUUAACAACAAAACAGUUGCACAGCAAUUCAUUAACAGAACUUCAAUUUACACAUAAUUAUCUUGGGACUCUUUGGAAAGAAAGAGACGGCUCAUACGUCAAGCUUUUUACUAGUCUUACUAAUCUGACAAUUUUAGAUAUAUCCAAAAAUAGCAUUGCAAAGAUUCCAGUUAAAGUUUAUAAAUAUUUGCCCCGUAACCUAACCACACUACGCAUAAGCAAAAACUUGCUCACUAACUUUGACUGGGACACACUCAAGUAUUUCCAUCAACUUCAAAAGUUAGACCUGAGCUUCAAUUCUUUAUCUGACGUGACGGGUAUAAACUCAUGCAUCACUCAGACGUUGACUUUCCUUGACCUGAGUCAUAACCACAUUUUCCACUUGGACAGUGCAUUUACAAAAGGCCUGACAAGCCUUAAAACUCUAAGCCUCAGCUACAACAAACUGACCACCAUCAAUCAAUCGACCUUCCAGUCCAGACCUGAUAAUCAGAUUCAGACUUUGUUCUUGCAGAAAAACCCAUUCCAAUGUACCUGCGAUUCGUUAGAUUUAAUUCUGUGGAUUGAAAAGAGUGAUGUAAAAAUCCCAAGACUGACCACUGAGGUGACAUGUGACACACCAGAAAACCAGAAGGGUGUAGCACUGAUAUACUUUGACAUUAACCAGUGUGUAAAUGACAGUCAGGCAUUCCUGAUCUACAUUCUCACAACUUCCUUCAUUAUUGCUUUUAUGUUAGUGGCAACUGUUGCUCACUUAUUUUACUGGGAUGCUUCCUAUGUAAUACACUAUAUGAAAGCUAAGUUUAAGGAAUAUAGAUCCUUGAACUCAUCAGAUAGUGUUUAUGACGUUUUUGUGACUUAUGACACAAGAGAUCCACAUGUCUCUGAGUGGGUGCUGAAAAAUCUGCGAGUGAAACUGGAAGAGGAAGGAGAGAAGCAUCUUCCUUUGUGUCUGGAGGAGAGGGACUGGCCCCCAGGAGUCCCGCUGGUGGACAACCUCACUCAGAGCAUCCAAUACAGUCGCAAGACCCUGUUUGUCUUAACGGAGGGCUAUGUUAAGACCGGGGUUUUCAAGUUGGCGAUGUAUCUGGCCCAUCAAAGACUUCUGGAUGAAAAUGUGGAUGUGAUUGUUCUGCUGAUGCUGGAGCCUGUCCUGCAGCACUCUCACUUCCUGCACCUGAGGCGGAGGUUGUGCGGGCAAAGUGUUGUAGAGUGGCCAAGAACAGCAGCGGCAGAGCCAUGGUUUUGGCAAAACCUGAGGAAUGUCAUCAGGGUAGACAAUCAGGUGAUGUACAACAGGACUUAUUCAAAGUACUUCACCAGCAAGUGAACUGGGAUAAAGAUCAGUGAUGACUCUCUGGGCAUAAUUUAUACAUUUAUUAUGUGGACAAUAAAAAUCUAUCACUCUGCUUUUGACUUAAUACAAGACAACUAAAGACAUAAUCCCGUGAGUUUUGCUGAUACAGUUACAAUGAUACUGAAUCUUGUAAUUUGUGUGUGAAUCCUGCAGUAUAUAAAUAAAUCAAUUUCA